GAAGGCGAGGGGAGGAGAGACGCAGCCGGAAUGACGACACCCUAUAUGCGUCAAAAAUAAAUAAAUCAUAUUUAUAUAAGCGCUCUGAACAAGGUGGCUACUUAGUCGAGGCAAACAGCCAACAUAGGUAAUAAACAAGUAAGACAAAAGUAGAGAAUGCAGGAAAAUGACCGCGUUUUCCUUGUAUGAAUGAGAUGGAGCGACCGGCAGAGGGAGGCUCGUUAUAGGGAGGGAUGUGAGAAGAGCGCAAACAGCUGGAUGACAGAGCUACGUACGUUACACUUGUCAACGGAGUGCGGAUGAUACACGAACGGGUGGUCCUCUCGAGCGCUGUACUUAAUGGAAGAUAAAGAAUUCUCGAAAAUGGAUUUAUGCCUGGGGAUAUUCUUUACAUCACUGCGGCUCGUGAAAUCAAGCUAGAGCUCAUUCUCGACGUGGGAAAGUAGCAUCAUUUUAUCCCAGUUUUUGUAUGCUCCAGGCUAUUUUUCUGUUGGGCAUAACCAAUUACAUAUUCUGUCGACAAGGCACCGUCUGUAAAGGGAUGGCAGGAAUCAUGGUAUGAGAUCAUAAUUCACCCGCUAGGACGGGCGAUUCGGCAUCAAUUCUUCAGACUACUACAGAUGCACAACCUCUGGGAAAAAACUAAGAGUUUUAAAUACGGUUCAUCGGCAGAUAGAAACCUAAGCAAGAUAUCCUCUUGUCUGUGAAAUAUUGAUGCAAUAGUCCUAAUAAGCCGGACAGUAGGACUGUGCUGCCCGCCACUAAGCCUAUAAACUUUCGCUUACAUUAUGGAUCUGGAGUUUAAGGAUAGCUUCUAAACUGGCCCGUUUCAUGAGGAUUUUGCACGACGUAUCUAUUCAGCUUGACCAUAGGACAGAACUGGGCAUAUAAACAAUUCUGAAGUAAGUUCCACACCCCGGCGGUGAUCUGUGAUUAUGGAGAGCACCAAACUCCCUCCGUCCAGCCCCACGUCGCCCACCACCGGCUUCUCUGUUCCAAAUGCUGAGAAGAUCGAUGGUUUCCCCCGGCGGUCCAUGCGCAGGGCCCGGCAGAGGCGCUCGCACAGCUCCUCCCAGUUCCGAUACCAGAGUUCCCAGGUGGAACUAACGCCACUGCCCCUUCUCAAAGAUGCGGUGGCCGGGGAGCUCCACGAGCUGUUUGUGCAGAAGCUGCAGCAGUGUUGCGUCCUGUUCGACUUCCUGGACUGUGUGGCUGACCUCAAGGGCAAGGAGAUCAAACGCGCCGCACUCAACGAGCUGGUGGAAACCAUGGCAACCAGCAGGGGCAUCCUCAUCGAACCCAUCUACCCAGAGGCCAUCAAGAUGAUCUCGGUGAACAUCUUCCGCACGCUGCCGCCCAGUGAGAACGCUGAGUACGACCCUGAGGAGGACGAGCCCACUCUGGAGGCCGCCUGGCCUCACCUGCAGCUGGUGUACGAGUUCUUCCUGCGCUUUGUAGAGUGUCCAGACUUCCAGCCCUCAGUUGCUAAGCGAUACCUAGACCAGAGGUUUGUCCUGCAGCUGUUAGAGUUGUUUGAUACAGAGGACCCGCGGGAGAGAGAGUACCUGAAGACCAUCCUGCACCGCGUCUACGGCAAGAUGCUGGGCCUGCGCGCCUACAUACGCAAACAGAUCAACAACAUCUUUCUGAGGUUCAUCUAUGAGACUGAGCACUUUAACGGAGUUGCAGAGCUGCUCGAGAUCUUGGGCAGCAUCAUCAAUGGUUUUGCCCCGCCGCUGAAGGCGGAGCAUAAGCAGUUCCUGGUGCGAGUGCUGAUUCCACUGCAUAAGGCCCGGUCACUCUCCGUCUUCCACGCGCAGUUGGCCUACUGUGUGGUGCAGUUCAUGGAGAAGGACGCCACGGUCACGGAAUACAUUACUGAAGGUCUGCUGAAGUUCUGGCCAAAGACGUGUACACAGAAGGAGGUGAUGUUGCUGGGGGAGUUGGAGGAGAUUCUGGACGUAAUUGAGCCCACUCAGUUCCAACGUGUGCAAGAGAAACUCUUCAAGCAGAUCGCUCUCUGCAUCUCCAGUCCACACUUUCAGGUGGCAGAGAGAGCUCUGUACUUCUGGAACAAUGAGUACAUUCUGAGUCUGAUUGAGGAGAACUGCCAGGUGAUCCUCCCUCUGGUCUUCGCCACCCUCUACAGAGUCUCCAAAGAGCACUGGAACCAGAUGAUUGUGUCUCUGAUCUCUCAUGUGUGUGUGUUUUGGAUGCAGGAUGAUUGUGUCUCUGAUCUCUCAUGUGUGUGUGUUUUGGAUGCAGGAUGAUUGUGUCUCUGAUCUCUCAUGUGUGUGUG